AUGAGCAACUCAUCUACUACCGACGCAAUGGAGCCGAUCGCGGUAGUCGGACUAGGCUGCCGCUUCCCAGGUAGUGCUACCUCACCCGUGGCCCUAUGGGACAUGCUUCGGGAAGGCCAAAGCGCAUGGUCGGAGAUCCCCAAAGAACGGAUGAACAUUGCGAGCUAUUUCCACCCCAGUGGAAACCGCCAAGGAACCGUACCGUUUAUGUCCGGCCAUUUUAUCGAUGAAGAUAUUCGUGUGUUUGAUACCUCGUUCUUCUCGAUCCCUGCGGAUGAAGCCCGCGCGAUAGAUCCUCAACAACGAGUUCUGCUUGAGGUGUCUGUCGAGGCUUUGGACAGCGCUGGCGUUGACCGUGAUGCUCUUCGCAAGUCUGAUACCGGCGUAUGGGUGGGAUCGUUCGUAAAGGAUUACGAGCAAAUCGUACUCCGUGAUCCCGACGACUCUCCGAAAUACGGAGCCACGGGUAACGGAAUUGCAAUCAUGUCCAAUCGGAUUUCCUACUUCCUGGACGUCAAUGGACCGAGUAUGACAAUCGACACAGGCUGCAGUGCUAGCCUUGUCUGCGUGCACAAUGCCUGCCAAAGCUUGCGCAACGGGGAGAUCGACAUGGGUCUUGCUGGAGGCGCCGGCCUGAUUCUGACACCCAACACGAUGAUGCCUAUGACGGCGCUCAAUUUCUUAAGUCCAGACGGCAAGUGCUUCACAUUUGAUGCACGCGCCAACGGAUACGGCCGUGGAGAAGGUAUCGGCAUCGUUGUUCUCAAGCGUCUCACGGACGCUAUCCGGGAUAAUGACAACAUCCGUAGCGUUAUCCGUGGAUCGAGUGUUAACCAGGAUGGUCGAACUCCAGGAAUCACAUUGCCGUCGUCGGAAGCACAAUUGAGAAACAUCAAAUCCGUCUACAAGAGAGCUGGACUGCCUGUCGACGGCACAGCCUAUGUCGAGUGCCACGGAACCGGCACGCAAGCCGGAGAUUUCCGCGAAGUGAAAGCUAUAUCGGACGCGUUCUGCGGAGAUCGUACUUCUAACAACCCUAUCUAUGUCGGAUCAAUCAAGACCAACAUCGGUCACUUGGAAGGAUGUGCAGGAAUUGCCGGCCUAAUCAAGGGCGUCCUAACGAUCGAACAAGGAAUAAUUCCUAAGCAUCUCAACUUCGAGCUGCCCGGUAACCCAGCAAUCAAGUUCGACGACUGGAAGGUGAAGGUCCCAGUCACUAACACAUCUUGGCCUGUCGAAGGGCUCCGACGUGCAAGCAUAAACUGCUUUGGUUUUGGUGGAACUAAUGCACAUGUCAUCAUGGACGAUGCUGCUCAUUAUUUAGCUGAAAGAGGGCUUGUAGCACACCACAACACCGCAACUUUAGACUUACCUUCCCGCGAAGCUAAAGCCGUCUGUAUUGAUGAUGCCGUCCGGGAGGAUAUUAGGUCAGAGCGAGACAUCGAGAUACCUCGCCGUGACUCGCAAAGUCACUUGUUCGUCUUCUCCGCACAUGAGCAGAAAGUAUUGUCGCAAGUACUCAAAGAUUGCGGGUCCUAUAUGAGCGAGCGGGUUGGUUCGGCUCCCACCAACACCAUGGAAAAUCUUGCGUACACGCUUGGUUGCCGCCGAACCAAGUUGCCGUGGAGGGCGUCCGUCACUGCGCAAUCUCCAAGCGACCUCGUACAGAAACUGGCCGAUUUGAGAUCCAGUGACUUUGUCAGAGCGUUGGACGAGAAAGCUACUAGAUUGGCCUUUAUUUUCGGUGGUCAAGGAGCACAGUGGUUCGCGAUGGGCAGGGAGCUUCUAGGGUUUGACAUUUUUCUGAAGUCGAUCGUGGAAGCCGAUUCGUACCUGAAAACCCGUUCGGAGCGCCCGUUGAACCUCAUCAAGGAGCUUCUCGAGGAUGAACUAUCCUCCAGCAUCAACCGUCCCGAAAUAUCCCAGCCAGCAACUACGGCAAUCCAGAUAGCACUUAUCAAUAUCCUGAUGAAGUUUUUCGGGAUCACUCCAAGCUAUGUUUGCGGCCACUCCUCUGGCGAGAUAGCCGCUGCAUAUGCCCUUGGCGCUCUCUCGCGGGAGGAUGCUUUGGAGUUGGCUUACCAACGUGGACGCUGCGCUGGAGCCAUGCUUUCCUCUCCCGAGGGAGAAGGAACGUCGAACGGUAGCAUGCUCGCAGUUGGCUUGUCGGCACACGAGGCGCAGAAGUACGUGGAGCAAGUGGGCAGCAGCCGAGCGGUGGUGGCUUGCAUAAACAGCCCAACCUCGGUGACGCUUUCUGGUGACAAAGAUGCGAUAUUGGAGCUUCAAGCGUCUUUCCAGGCCGCGGGUGUCUUCAGUCGAUUACUUGUAGUCAGUAUCGCCUAUCACUCGCACCACAUGAAGCGCUGUGAAGCCGAAUAUCUCCGCUCGAUUGAGCAUAUCGUGCCCCGUGAGCCGAACAUCGGCACUAUUCCGCAUCCCCAUGCUCAGGGGGAACUGGUUACACCAGACGACAUUAAUCUGGACGGAAGGGUCACGGGUCCUUCUUCUGCAGCAGCGCCCUGUGUCAUGUAUUCAUCCGUAACUGGACGCCCAAUCAGUUGGGAAGAACUUGGCCCGCAGUAUUGGGUCAGGAACAUGGUCUCUCCGGUGCUUUUCGCCGAUGCUAUGCAUCAAAUGUUGAGCUCCAAAACCGAGAAGCCGACCGCGAUCUUGGAAAUAAGCCCCCAUUCCACGCUCCAGGGCCCGGUUAAGCAGAUCCUUGACGCCGAGGAGAAGCUCGGGCAACGCCCAUCAUACUAUUCCACGCUUCGUCGAGGAAAAGACGCGGCAGUUACCGCACUUGAAGCAGUUGGAAAGCUCUGGGGUCAUGGACGCGAUGUCUCCAUGCCUUGGGUAGUCAUGCGAAAUUUGCAGGCUGGACGACCAAAGCUCCUUGUCGAUCUGCCGAAGUAUCCCUGGAACCACGACAACAUUUAUUGGUACGAGUCGCACUUAUCGCGAGCCAAUCGUUUCCAGGUCCAUGGCAGAUACGACCUUAUCGGACGGCCAACCGCGGACUCGAUACCAUUCCAGCCUCGGUGGCGCGGGUUCCUCCGCCAGUCAGAGACCCCGUGGAUCCGCGAUCAUCAGGUGCAGAAGACGAUGAUCUAUCCUGCUGCCGGUAUGGUGACGAUGGUGAUUGAAGCUGCUAAGCAGGUGGCGUCAGACGGCUUUGCGGGUAUCGAGAUUACUAGAUUCAGAAUUCAAAAGGCUAUGAUAAUUCCUGGGACCUCGCACGGACUAGAAUAUGCCUUGAACCUGAACAAGCAAUCUAAUGGCCCAGUAGGAUCGAGCACGUUUGAGUUUUUCAUCUACUCAAAGCAGCUUGACGGACCGUGGGAGGAACAUGGUGACGGGUCUGUCACGAUUCAUCGCAGCCGCUCUGACGAUGGAGCAAGGGCCCAGCACCAGGUCCGUAAGGAGAGGCUCUUGGAAGCUAAUAGGCAUUACCAGUCAUACGUUGAUGCGAAAAGUAGUUGCGAUGAAUCGGUUAUACCGCGACAGCUUUACGAGACUCUGGACGUCAUCGGAAUGAAUUAUGGUCCCUUGUUCCAGAACAUCAGCUCUCUUCGAAAAAGAGGCAACACUUGCGUCAGCAUCGUUCGUGUUCCGGACACCAAAUCUGUUAUGCCAGCCAACUUCGAGUACCCUCACAUAGUUCAUCCGGCGACUCUGGAUUCCAUCUUCCAGACCGCUUUCGCCAUUGGCAGCGACCCGAUGGUUCCCUCUUUCAUUGGUAGUCUUUAUCUAUCGGCCGAAUCCGAUAUGCUUUCGAAGGCUGGACAAGAACUCGCUGUCCGUACCCAAGCGGAUCUCCGCAGCUUACGCGACGCAUCUGCGUCGUUUGUUGUUGCGGAUGACUCUUGGCUGGGCAAUGCUAGUCCUCAGAACCCUCCGCUCAUCGUGAUUAAGGAUAUGACUUUUACUGCCCUGGCCUCGACCCUUACCGGCGGAGAAAACGGUUUCCUACCAAACCACCACAAUCUCUGCACUGAGAUUGUAUGGGAACCACUAGGUGAUCCUUCCGACAACGCCGAGGGAGAAGAUACGCCUACGCAGAGUCUGCACUCUAUGGAACCGAAGAAUCGAGUUCUUAUCCUCGUUCCGGGGGGAAUAGACGUCGGUCUGAGCAUGCUCUGCUCGGCAUUCGCAAACGUUUUCGACUACGACCUCCGGACGCUGAGCGGUAUCAGAGAUGACGAAGAACUUCCAGAGUUCUGCAUAUCCCUCCUGGAGGCUGAUGGCGAGCCGCUAGUUUGGAAUUGGUCUGAGCAGGAUUUCCUUGCCUUCCGCAGCGUCGUUACUGCCACGAAGGGUAUAUUCUGGAUCACUCGAGGUUCACAGGUGGAGGCGAGCAACCCUCGAUCUUGCCUAAUCCAGGCUCUUGGUCGUACCAUCCAGUCGGAGUAUCCUACCAAGAAAUUGAUCUCACUCGAUGUCGAUGUCGACACAGACAUCUCCUCAGAGUCGUCUAUCAAGAUGAUCAUCGACCUUUUCGGACGGUCCUUCUUUGGACCGAACACCGGUAGCGCGACGGAAACGGAGUACGUCGAAAGAAAAGGAAAGAUAAUGGUUCCGAGAUUGGUCUUAGUAGAAGAGCUCAAUUUUCUUAUCGAGCGUGGCUCCGCACCAGCUGAGCCAAUCCUGCAGGGCAUACAAGAUCCUCACGAGAGGCCGCUCAGGUUGGAGAUCGGGAAGUUGGGCGAUGCGGGCAGCCUAUACUGGCGCGAUGACCCCGACGCCAACCUACCUCUUUCUCCUUACGAUGUUAAGAUCAGGGUCCUGAUGAGUACGCUCACCGAAUUGGACGAUGACGUUUUACAGGGGCGAGCACAGGAUGACCACCUGGGAACAGACGUGUACGGCAUAGCUGAAUAUGUCGGCCUAGGUGUCAGGAGCGGCGUCAUGGUGGGUGACCACGUUGUGGGCAUCGCUCGUGGAGGCUUGAGAGACUUCGUGGUAUGUGACGGAAAUCUAGUCCAUAAGGCCAGUGGGAGCUUACGGCCCCUUUUCCCUACGUGUUCCUCCGUCGCCAACUACGCGCUUGGGAUACCGGGCGUUGACGAUUUCAUCUUGGUACAUGCUGGUGCAGGAGCAUUUGGCCGUGCAGCGAUCCAAGUUGCUCAGAGAUGGACUGUCACCGUGUUAGCCACCGCAGAGACUAACGGGCAGCGUGCCAUACUCAGCACUCUCUUGAAAUUGCCAGACGAGCAUAUACUCGAUGCGAGAGCGGAGAACUUUGUGGAUCAAAUAAUGCAUCUGACGAAGAACAAGGGCGUCGAUUUGAUCUUCGACCCAGCGGCGUCAAGUAGAGAUUCCAACAUACGAUGUAUUAAAGAAGGUGGUCGUGUGUUCGGUUUCGCAAACAAGCCCAGCCAGAAUACGGCGGCAGGCCAGACCGAAGUCGCUGGUAAAUCGUUCAGAUACACCAUCAUAGACGUGCGAUCUUUGAUCAAGAAUCAGCCAGAGCUACUCGGCCAUAGUUUGGUCGUAGAAUAUCCACUGCUGGAAUACGGCAUUAAGGGUCCCCACAGUACUUCCGAAUACGACUAUUCCGAGCUCCAGGAUGCUUUCGCGAGCAUGGACCUGUACAAGGUUGGCGAUCAGAUUCGCUGCCGACGACCUACAGCCCCAAAGAAAAUCCGGACCAUGCCGCAGCCUCGUCGUCCCACGAGCGACUAUUUACGCGAGGACGCCACUUACGUGUUGUCCGGUGGUUUCGGUGGCCUUGGCGUUGAGAUCGCUAAGCUCCUCGCAGUUAACGGAGCCAAACACAUAGCUUUUCUAUCUCGAUCGGGCGCGAAAAGCGAGCUGGCAAAUUCUUGCCUUACCCUUCUCCGCAGCAGAGGGGUCGAUGCCCGGGAUUUCAAGGUAGACAUCUGUGAUGGCCAAGCGCUCGAGAAGGUCUCGAGAGAAAUCGGCGAAUCGAUGCCUCCUGUGAAGGGAUUGUUCCAGUGUGCAGCUGUCUUACGAGACUCGGUGUUUGAGAACAUGACGUAUGAUGACUGGCAAUUGGCGACUCAACCCAAGACGCUCGGUUCCUGGAACCUCCACCGUGUGCUGGGUGGCCACUUGGACUUCUUCAUCUUCUUGUCCAGUUCGGCAGGCGUCAUCGGGAACCGUGGGCAGGCAAACUACACGGCGGGCAACGCAUUCCAAGAUAUCCUGGCAAGGCACAUCAACACGGAGCGCAGAGGUACGACGCACGCUGUAUCGAUCGAUCUAGGCCCGAUCCUAGAGGCGGGAAUGCUCGCAGAAGAUCCGCAAUUGCUGGAUAUUCUUAAGGCCAGCGGAUUCUUCGGAAUCAGACUACAGGACUUCAAGCGCAUAGUCGAGUGUGCAAUCACCGGACAGAUAGAAGAUGGGUUAGAGACACCGGCUCAGAUUGUCACAGGAGUUGGCACGGGCGGACUUAUUCGCCAGAACAAGCCGGCCGACCCCUAUUGGACUCGGACGUCAUUGUUCACGCACCUCAACGCCGUGGAUAUGCCGGAGGGUUGGGCAACCAUUUCUGAGGAGAAUCCGGACUCCCAGAACAACAUGCAGCGAAUGCUAGCGCAGGCCACCGAUGCGGAGGCAGAAGAAGUCAUCAUUACUAAGGGGCUUCAGGAAAUGCUGUCGAAGAGCAUGAACAUGGACCCAUCCGAUGUCGAGGUCUCGAGACCACCCAGUGCUUACGGCGUGGACUCGCUAGUGGCGGUUGGAGUACGUAACUGGGUAUCUAGAGAGUGUUCUGCAGAUGUAAGCAUCUUUGAGGUGCUUAGUGACACUAGCAUCUCUAAGCUUAGUGCGAUGAUUGUGGAGAGAAGAGGUAUACAGUAG